GUAACUUUUAUAUUGAUAGUCACAGACAUUCCUGAAGGAAAUUGUAAAGAAAGUAGAGCUCCGUCUUUCUUUACACAUACCAAAGCUAUCAUUAACUCAAAGCUAUGUAUAUUUCUUGUUACGAAAAUUGGAAUCAUUACCUACAGUCACAACCUAUCAAGAGGCUUCUGAGCUUAUGCCAGAGUAUUUUGAAUUUGGAUUCAUUAAUCAACAUCCUCUUGUAGCCUUGAAUCAAGUGGUAUCUAAUAUAUAUCUCCCUUUAUUUCAAGAUGAACAUUUAAUAACCAAAAUUUUACCAGAAAACUGCAAGCUGCAAAGCAAACAGGUAAUGUCUUUGUUUUCUGAGUUUAACCAAGAAACCAAAGAAUUUAUAGAUUCAACCAAUGAAGCUAUCCAUCAAAUAGAAAAACCAUUUGUGUUCAAACUUCCUGAUAUUCCAUCUUCCUGUGUUCUGGAAGAAUUAGCUCAAGAAGCACAAUUUGUAGCUGAAACACAAGAGCUUGUAUCUGAAUGGAUUACAGUGAUUACAGACUUAUUAGAAGAAUGUAGUCAAAAGGAAAAUCCAGGCAAUGAUCUUCUGUCUGAAAUUGAGUUUUGGAAAAGUCAGAAAUUUAAAUUGAGUACAUAUUUUGAUCAGUUGAGCCAUUCUGAUAUUCAGAAGUCAAUUAAUAUUCUUCAAUUAGCAAACUGCGAUUUGUUGGAAUUUCAUUCUUCCGUUAGUAAAAUCGAAGAUCGACUAAUCAAAGUGAUAGAUAUUGUAAAAUACUUAAUAUUGCUAGAAAAUAAUAUAAAGAAUUUUCUCUCUGGAGCAACAACAGAUGAAGCACAGAAGUCACUCAGUGAUCUAUUUAUAGUGCUAAAAAUAAUGUGGAUCCAGUCAAGCUACUACAAAGAAGUUCCAAAUAUGUGCAGAAUCAUAAGAGGAGUAUCAGUAUUGUUGAUGAACAAAGUAAAAAAAGAUGCUGAAAUUCAGUUUCUUUUCAGAAAACCUUUGGAUGAGGUAAGGAAAAUUGCCAAUGAUUCAAUUCAGAUAUUGACUUGCUGGACAGACUUGUAUGAAGCUCAGUGCGAAGAUCUGAAAAAAUAUGGAGGUUGUCAUUGGUGGCGUUUUGAUGUGAGACUGUUUUUUGAUGAAACGCAUUACAUGAUUGAGAUUUGUCGUGAUCUGGAUAAAAUUGCUGAGACUCUGCAGCAGCUGAAGAAUAUUUUCAACACAAAUUUGAAGCAUUUUGCUCAAGACAUUGAAGGACUGCGUGUGCUGGAAAUAAGAAUUUUUGGCAUGACUUCCAGAAUACAAUAUGCUGGUUUUGAUAUUUUUGAUCCCAAGUGCAAAUUGGAUUGGAAUUUGAUUAUAAAUGCCUUCUAUCGUGAUGUCAAGAAUUUUGAAGAUGAGGUCAAAAAUUAUAUUAAUGAAAUGUUCCACUCUAUUCUUUCCUGGGAGAAUGCUUAUAUACUUACAGAAAGUUUCUACAAAGUAUUUCUGUCAUCUUCUAUUAAGCAGUUUAUUGACAAAAGCCAUGAUAAUAUGAUAAAACAAUUUUUGAGAGAGAUAUAUGAAACUGAAAAUGAAUUUCUCACUUAUGAAGAUGAACCGCCAUGUUUUGAAAAUGUUCCACCUACAGCAUCUGCAAUUCUGUGGGUGGAAGAGUUGUUGUCUAAAUUGACUCAUCCUAUGUCUCGUAUAUCAGCACGUUCAGCUCUAUCUAAGAAGAAAUAGAGGUUCAAGAACGUUUUAGAAAAACAGAGCUCCUUUUUAAAACUUAUGAGAUUAAAAAAUACGAAGCAUGGAAAAUAACAACUAGUGAAAAUCUGAAUAAAUUCCUUCACACAAAGCUUUUACAGAAACAUACAAAGUCUACAACAUAUCUGCCUGAAGCCCUAUCAUAUGAAGUUAAUUUUCCAUUAUAUUUAGAGGAAGUAUCUUUGGAAGCAAAACUUUUGGAAUAUUUAGGAUAUGAUAUACCUGUGUUCAUAAAAAAUAUUCUUUUACAA